UACCCCCACGCGUUCAGCUCAGGGCUGUCUGAGCCGGAGUGGACGUCUGACUAUGGAAAGCAGAGGCCCCCUGGCCACUUGGCAUCGGCUGUCGCUGCUCCUGCUGCUGCUACCACCAGCCCGCACCCACCAGGAUCAGGCCAUGGGAUACGAUCUCCCCAGCCAGCAGGCCCAGGACCCUCCUGCUAGGCACCUCAGCAAUGGCCUAGGACAAGAGCCUGUUGCUGUUAUGAAAAUCAACCUCACCAAGAUCAUCAAACCCUCUUCCUCCUUUGAGUUUAGGACUUGGGAUCCAGAGGGAGUGAUUUUUUAUGGAGACACUAAUGCUGAAGACGACUGGUUCGUGCUGGCUCUUCGGGAUGGUAGGCCUGAGAUACAGCUGCACAAUCUCUGGGCACAGCUUACAGUAGGUACUGGCCCUCAGCUGGAUGACGGGAGAUGGCACCAGGUGGAGAUAAAGAUCGACGGGGACUCACUGCUGCUGUGGGUGGAUGGAGAAGAGAUGCUGCGCCUGAGACAGGUCUCUGGGCCCCUGGCCAACAAAUCCCAGCCAAUCAUGAGGAUUGCGCUAGGUGGGCUGCUCUUCCCUGUCUCCAGCCUUCGGUUGCCGCUGCUUCCUGCCCUGGAUGGCUGCAUGCGCAAGGACACCUGGCUCGGCCACCAGGCCCAGCCCUCAGCUGUAUUCGCUAGCCUCAGAGACUGCAGUGUGAACUUGCAGCCAGGGAUGUUCUUCCCCCCAGGGGCCCAUGCAGAGUUCAGACUCCAAGACAUUCCCCAGCCUCAUGCAGAGCCCUGGGUGUUCUCUCUGGACCUGACAUUUAAGCUGGCGGCAGGCUCAGGACACCUUCUUGCUCUUGGGACAGAAGCCAACUCUUCUUGUCUUAGCCUUCACCUCCAAGAUCAGGAGGCGGUGCUGUCUUCUGGAGCAGGGCUGCAGCUAGCUCUGCCCUUGGCCUUGGGACUCCCUCUUCAGCUGAAACUGGGCAUGUUCAGAGUGGCCUUGAGCCAGGGGCCAAACACAGAGGUCCUAGUUCUGCCUCCUUUGGGAUUUGAUCCCCUCUUUAACCUCUGGUCCCAGCCUCAGGGCCGUCUCUUCCUGGGGGCUUUACCAGGAGAAGAUUCUUCUGCCUCUUUUUGCUUGGAUGGCCUUUGGGCACAAGGACAGAGACUGGACAUAGACCAGGCCCUGAGUAGAAGCCGGGACAUCUGGACUCAUAGCUGCCCUCAGAGCCCAGGCAAUGGCUCUGAUACCUCCUAUUAAGCCCCCUUUGAGAACUGGGCAUGGUGGUGAAUGAUUAUAAUCUCAGCAUGGGGGAGGGGGAGGCAGGAGGAUGCAGAGUUCAAGGUCAUCCUCAAAUACAUAUCAAUGCCAGCCUGGAGUACAUGACAC